ACAAACACAGUUCACUGAUAGAUAAAAGCAGAGUCACUCUCACCAACAGCUGCCAUUGUGAGUCUCUCAUUCACCAACAUCAUGACGGGAAAAGCUGUUCUCUUCGGACUUCUGCUGCUUUAUGUCACUGCAGAUGCAGCAGGCAGACCUGACCUCAUGAGAAAGCCGUCUUGUCCUAAGACGCAGAUCGCGGCGUGUCCCAUGAACUUUGCCCCUGUGUGUGGCAGUGAUGGAAACACUUAUGCCAAUGAGUGUACCCUCUGUGCACAGAGCCGAAAAAUCAAGAUGGAAAUUCUGAUUGCAAAGGAGGAAAGCUGCUGAUCUGCUGAGACUGAGAUGUCAUACCCAGGAGGCCAAUCAGAGGCACAAAACCCCUAAAAGUACCAUCAAAUGUUUCUGAUCUUUGUCCCUGUUUCCAAAAAUAAAUUUUGAAUCAAUAAUUUGUCCUUUUAUUUAGAAAUGUAGCUUGAUUUGCAUCUUUAAAUGUUCUUAAUCCGGUAUUUGGAAAUUGAAGAGACAAAAUGUAAAUUAGAAGGGCAAAUAAUCUUAUACAGAAACUUUUAAAUAAAUGGUAACGUGCAU